AUGAACAACUUCAUGGACGAAGACUAUUGUUGUUGCUGCAAUAACUUGGUAACCAUAAUUUGCAAUCUCAUCAUCAUAUUAUUAGGACUUAUCGUUUUCCUCUUAUGGCUUAUCAUACAACCUAAGGCUGUCAAAUUCACAGUUACUAAUGCAUCACUUACUCAAUUCAGUAUCACAAACAACAACACACUUAACUACAAUCUCGUUCUUGACAUCAUGAUCCAAAACCCUAACCGAAAACUUGGUAUUUAUUACGAUAACAUCGAAACGCUUGUGUUUUAUAAAGAUUCUAGGUUUGAUUUUCAAACCUUAGAAACAUUUUUUCAGCAUCAAAAGGGUAUUGAUUUUUUUAGUCUAGUUUUUGAAGGUCAACAAGUGAUUUUUUUGAGUCGAUAUCAGAUUUCGAAGUUCGAGGAAGAGAAGAAAGAUGGAGUUUAUGGAAUAGAUGUGAAGAUUUUUCUUAAUGUGAGGUUUAAAUUAGGUUUGUUUAAGACAGGGAAGGCUAAACCUAAGAUUCGAUGUAAUUUGAAGGUUCCUUUGAGAACAAGUAAUGUAACUUUUUUGGGUGAUGGAUUUCAAGUCACUGAUUGUGAUUGGGGUUACAAAGGAAUAUUGUUUCGUUAG